UCAGCCCCCAGUUAACCCCUGACUAACCAGGGCGUGAGCCUCAUGACAAAACCCACUUGAUGUACGGCCACGUCAGCUCCCUGGGGCCACGAGGCUCAGGAGCCCAGACAAGGUGUCGUGGCUGACUCAGGUUCCCAUCAGCAAGGAGAACAAGGAGCACAUCACAGCUGGGCUCUGCCUGGACCUGCAAGGAGCACAGAGCAGGAAACCUCCUGCGUGCCCCAGCUCCUCCUCCAGGAGCAGGAGAACAGGAAGGAGGAGGCUCCAUCCACACCUCCCCGCCAGCGCUGCGUGCUGGAACAAAGCCGCGUGCGAGCGGGGAGAGCGUGGGACGCCAUGGCCGAGCGGCUGUCGGAGGAGCAGAUCGCUGAAUUCAAAGAGGCUUUUUCCCUUUUUGAUCGGGACGGCGAUGGCUGCAUCACCACAAAGGAGCUGGGCACCGUCAUGCGCAUGCUGGGGCAGAACCCCACCCCCGAGGAGCUGCAGGAGAUGGUGGGAGAGGUGGACGCGGAUGGAAGCGGCACCAUUGAUUUCCCCGAGUUCCUGUCGUUGAUGGCGAGGAAGAUGAGGGACUCGGACAGCGAGGAGGAGAUCCGUGAAGCUUUCCGGGUCUUUGAUAAGGACGGCAAUGGUUACAUCAGCGCGGCGGAGCUACGGCACGUCAUGACCAACCUGGGCGAGAAGCUGACGGAUGAGGAGGUGGACGAAAUGAUCAAGGAGGCAGAUUGCAACAAUGACGGGCAGGUCAACUACGAGGAGUUUGUGAGGAUGAUGACGGAGAAGUGAGCUUCAUCCCCAGCCCAACAGGGAAAACAGAGACCAUGGCUGCCCCCAGCCCCUCAAUCCCCUACCGCCUUCUCUCUGCCAUCCUGGGCUGAAAUAUCAUCUUUUAUCCCAACUGGAGCAUCGCCAACCUACGUCUGUGUUGGAUGCAGGGCAGGGUUUGGGUUAUGAUGGCUUGGGAUGAUGACAGACACUGGGGGGGGAGGGGGGACCAUCCUGCUUCCACCCUCGAGAUGUACCUCUUGUGUUCAUGGAGGUGACGGUGGUCAUUGCUCAUCCAUGAGAAAUGUACUGAGUCCAAUAAAAUGUCCCUCCCCCCCCACGUCUAA